GACGGGUGAUUAUAGCUUAUAGAUGACUAGAGUCAAUCAUCAAUACAAAAACUUGUCUAAUUUUAAAAAUAUACAUUCGUAUUUUAAAUCGAAAAAAUCAAACACCAAAUCAACAGCAGCAGAAGCAGCAUCGACAGCAGAAUCAGUUGCGACGACAAUAACGACAACGAUAGUUGGCGAUAUUUCUAUUAACAUGAACAAAACGGACGUCAUAAACAUUACCUCCACGGAAAUCGAAAAUAUGGAAAUAGAACAAAACGAUUCACUGAUAAUAUCGCAGCCAUCAUCAUCAUCAUCGCCGACACCAUCAGUGUCGGCAUCGGUUUCUUCGGAAGAACCCAUGAUCACGGUAAUUUCAACUAAAACCGACAAUAUUGUUGACGAGAAAGAUCCAACAAUUGACGAUCGUCGUCGUCUUGAAGAAGAAGAAGUAGGAAAAAACACCAUGAACACCGAUAUUGCUGUCGAUGAUGCCGAUAGCCGAAUAAUGCCAUCGCCGCAAUCCACUGUUGGUAUGUUUUUAACACCACCAACAACACCGCCGCGAUCAUCGUCGUCAUCAUCAUCACCGGUUAAAGUUAUUAAUAUUCUAAACGAUACGGAUGAUGUAUAUGAAAAUAUGGAUGAUUUUAACAAUGAAUUUCCCGACGAGUGUAAGAAAAAAGAUAAUACCGACAAUAGCGAUGACGACGGAGAAGACGAAGAUGAUUUGAAAAUUGACGAAAAUUUAAUUAACAAAGAAUACACUAGCGAUGAAGACGCGAAUUACAAAACAGAAGAAAAUUCAAUAAUCAUAGGCACCGGUUCCGAGGAUUCUAUACAUUUUAAUCGCGGCAUCAAGAGUAUUUUAUAACAGAGGAAAUCAAAGAGCA